CAUUAUGAAGUACAGCUUGAAUGAGGGAAGUUGUCGUUUAUUUUUUAGCAUUCAGCUCCUCAAAGAUUUAUUUUUUGCUCCGGUUUAAUAAUACAUUCAGGUCUUUAUUCUACAUGUUCUGUCAUCGCUGUAUGAGUUUGCUUUUGUGAAACUUCUGUCUGGAUGUUUUAUUUAUGGCUUAAUGUGGGUUUUCAGGGUGGGCAGGAGUGAGCGUGACAUGUUUGUGUUCUCCUGAAUGGGGGAGGUUGAGGCUUCUGGCCGGAGAGGGUGUCUGCACACACUCUCUCACACGCAGGCCGGUGCGUCUUUCUGAGUCCUCUCAAGCUGAUGGUGAUAUCUGUCUUCCUCUCUCUCUUUUAUCCAGUCUUCUCCUCCCCUCUUGUGUGAGAUGAGGUCUCAAGUGUGCCAAUUCCAUCCUGAAAAUGAUAUUUACCCUCUCUUAUUCUUUUGUCCCCUCUUCCUGUGUCUCACUUUCAGAGAGUGCUCACUAUAUUGGGACAGCGUGUAUCUAUGCACUACAGUGACCCAAAGCCCCGUGCUAAUGAAGACUGGCUCUGCAAUAAGUGUGGAGUACAGAACUUCAAACGAAGAGAAAAGUGUUUCAAAUGCGGAGUUCCUAAAUCAGAGGCUGAGUUGAAACUGCCUCUGGUGCCAAAGAGUUUACCUCUGGGGGAAUUAAAGGACUCAGCUCAGGGUUUACUGCCCCUUCCUGCCAUAUACCAGACAGCAGCUCCACUAGUCAACUUAAGUUCCUCGUCCCCGGCUGCCGAGGUGGCCAAUGACACUCUGAUUUUGAGGAAUCUGGGACCCCAUACAACGCUGGAGGCCAUUUUGUCUGCUCUUGCCCCGUUUGCUACUCUCUCACCUUCAAAUGUACGGCUCAUCAAAGACAAACAGACGCAGCUCAACCGAGGGUUUGCUUUCCUGCAGCUCACUACUAUUGUGGAGGCUUCACAGCUGCUUCAGAUCCUCCAGUCCGUGCAGCCUCAUCUCUCUAUCGAUGGAAAGCUCAUUUCUGUGGAGUUUGCCAAGGGUUCCAAACGUGAUGUUUUUCUGACAGAUGGCAAUCGGGUGAGUGUGGCGACGGUAGCGAGUACAGCUAUAGCUGCAGCUCAGUGGGCCGUCACGCAGACGGCCCAGCUCUCGGCAGUAGCUCAGAGCGGUGAUAUCGGUGUGCACCAGCAGGGGGCGGCAGCAGCUGUGUUUGGGCAGGUUGUCAGUGCAGAGACGCAAGCCUUUAAAGGGCGAGUGCCUGCGCUAGUGACCAGCCACACAACAUUAGGUGCUACUGACGGAGGAACAGCCUCUACAGGAGAAACAGGUGCUACCUCCAUAUUGCCGCUCGCAGCAUCCCACACCCAACUUAUCACCACUACAACCUCCACACAAGCCCAUCAGGCCCCGGUGGAAAUCAUUGGGAAACCUCAGCCUGCUACCCCAAACCAGCCUGCCACACCUGGAACCGCUCUGGAGUGCCAGCAGUACCCGGAUCCUGACGUAUCCACGUACCAGUACGAUGAGAGCUCUGGCUAUUACUACGACGCUCUUACAGGCCUCUACUAUGACCCAAAUUCACAGUACUACUAUAAUGCCCAUACGCAGCAGUACAUGUACUGGGAUGGGGAAAGACACACGUAUGUUCCUGCCUCGUCACAGACGUCCGAUGACACCACAGACGCUGCGGCCGCAGGAGCCAUCUCUGACCUUACAGGUGCUCCCAACAGCAGCAAGGACAAGAAGGACAAGCCCAGGAAUAAGACGGCACAGCAGAUCGCUAAAGACAUGGAGCGGUGGGCCAAAAGUCUGAACAGGCAGAAGGAGAAUGGGCGAGUACUGAGCACUAACUCUCGACUGAUGGCACAGGGGAGACCCGAUGACAGACGGGAAUCUGCCAGCGCUGAUGCCGGCUACGCCGUCCUGGAGAUGAAGGAUGCCUUGCUGGAGAGACCUCAGAUUCUGAUGGAACAGAUCAAACAUCCAGAAGAGAGAGAAAGUCCUCCUCAGAGUCUGGUGGCAGGAUACAGUGGAGAGACAGACAGUGAGGAGGAGGCUGGAGAGCGAGAGGAGAGGCUGACAGACUGGUCUAAAUUGGCCUGUCUGCUGUGCAGGAGACAGUUCCCCAGUAAAGAGGCUCUGAUCAGACAUCAGCAGCUCUCUGAGCUACACCGGCUAAAUCUGGAGCAGAGGAGAGCCAGACAGGCUCAGUCAGAGACACAAGAGCGAUCAGAAACCGAGCUGAAAUACAGGGACCGGGCAGCAGAAAGAAGAGAAAAAGGGGCCAUCCCACAAGCACCAGAUGCAAAAAAGAGGAGAUUCAGCCCCGUCGGUGGCGUGGGAUCUCAGAUGCUUCCUGGAAGGAUGGAAAAAGGCCUUUUCACUCGACACGUGCCAGUGGAAUAACGUCGGUCUUUGGACUUCCUUCAGUGCUAAACGAAAUGCCUCGUGAGCAGUUUUUAAUCAUAUGGUGCAGAACACGUGCACAGUAAGAGACCAUCGUCAGGAUGUGUCACAAAGAUGAGAAUGAUGAAAAUAAAAUGACUUUAGGGGAUUCAGGUUGACUUAAAGAACAACCCUCAGGACCCUGAGGAAUACAAAAUAAGCUUCUAAUGAUAGCACACUGUUACUGUAAAUACGGUCCAACUAUGUGACAUUCGUGGACUUUAGCCCAUUGUCGGCUUCCCAGAAAGCAAUUUGUGAAUAUUUAUAGAUGGCAUGAAUUUAUGAAACACUUUGCCUUUCUGGGAAGCUGUGGAAAUGAUGUCAGGGUGGAAAACCGGGAUAAUUCAGAAACUAUUUCAUGUAGUUUCUUCAUCUUUUUUGUCCCUUUAAUUAUGAUGAAUAACAGCCAUCAUGGGCCCUGAGGAGAAGCUUUGCUAGUAAGUGUGCUAUGCAUUUGCAUGUCUUAUUUGACAUGACAGUCUAUGCAGAAAUGACAGACAGCGGCUGUCUGUGUUGACUUGCACAGUAGAUUAGACUUUAGUGAUUAUCUUGACGAAAAGGCACAGCAGAUGAUUAUUGUUUGCCUAUAUUAAUUUUUAUUAACCUGAUUUGCAGUGUAUAUGUGUCGUAUUAUAUGACUUAGACUAUAUAAGCUUUAUAAGAUUAUAUAAGCUGGUGUACAUUUUUUUUUAAAUGUGAAUUUAUGGUGGACAGAGUGAAUUUGUGAGUGUAUGUCCUUAUGAGCACUAAGUGCCAUUAUGGGGGGGUUUUUUGGCGUCGUUUAAUGAAUAGAUUAAAAUCAUGCAAAUGAUUUUCAGAUUCUAAUUUUGCUGAAAUGUCAUCAGAAAAGGCUGAAAGCCCAUUUUGGUUGAUAAUUUUGUUUAAGAAAUGGUUCCUAAUGAAAAAUGAUUGGCAGCUUUUUUUUCCUUCAUUAGUUUAUGUGAAUAUAGAACAUGACGAUUGAGAAUGUGACAUUUUGAAAGGAUUUCAGAGGAUUUUUUUUUACGUUUAUGUCUAAAUGAAGUAAGAGAAUCUCACCAAA